AUGAUGUUGGUCAUUUUAGGUGCAAGGUUUGGAUUCACACUAGAUGAAGAGCUAAUCAAAGCCGCUGGUGACGAUGAUGUGAAGGCUGCCAUUGCAGACAAAAUUAGCAGAGAACGUAUUGGUCAUGAAGUUGAUCUUAUGAUAUCUGGCAAUCAACCGGUUAAGGCAAUGACCUACAUUUCUGACUUGCUUUUAUUUUGGGUUGUCUUCAGUCUUCCUCCUACUUUUGAGCCUCAAAACUCAAAUGGAAGUGAUAGGCUUUACGUGGCUUACACGGAUGCUGUAUGGAGACUUAUGCAAGAAAUUGGAUUAUCUACCUUCAGUGAUGAUGAAGGUGAUUUUAAAGAAGUUGAGAGUUUAGAAGAAGAGGCAAGGGUUGUAAAGAGGCUAGGUCUAAUGCAACGAGUCACCAGGAGGAAUAAGUUGAUAGUAUGCUUGUUUGUAGUCCAUGGGGUUAUUGGGGUUAAGGAUUGGAUCAUAUUUGCCUUCUUGGGACAAGUCAUGGUGAUAACACAGGAUGUCAAGGUAGUGUCAACUUUUAUGCUGGAUUUCAAAAUGAAGGAUGGAGUGGAUUGGUUGUUGUCUGGGAUCUAUGCGCCGAAUGUGUCUAGGAUUAAGUGGAACUUGGGUUAA